AUCAUGAGGAGGGAGAACCAGAGCAGCGUGUCCGAGUUUCUCCUCCUGGGGCUCCCCAUCCGGCCAGAGCAGCAGGCCAUGUUCUUCGCCCUGUUCCUGGGCAUGUACCUGACCACAGUGCUGGGGAAUCUGCUCGUCAUCCUGCUCAUCAGGCUGGACUCUCGCCUCCACACCCCUGUGUACUUCUUCCUCAGCCACUUGGCCUUCACUGAUGUCUCCUUCUCAUCUGUCACUGUCCCAAAAAUGUUGAUGGACAUGCAUGCUAAGUACAAAUCCAUCCCCUAUGAAGGGUGUAUUUCACAAAUGUAUUUUUUUAUAUUUUUUACUGACCUGGACAGCUUCCUUAUUACAUCAAUGGCAUAUGAUCGCUAUGCGGCUAUAUGUCACCCUCUUCAUUAUACCACCAUCAUGAGGGAAGAGCUGUGUGCCUUACUAGUGGCUAUAUCUUGGAUCCUGUCCUGUGCCAGCUCUCUUUCCCACACCCUUCUCCUCACCCAGUUAUCCUUCUGUGCUGACGAUGCCAUCCCCCAUUUCUUCUGUGACCUUGGUGCUCUGCUUAAGAUAUCCUGUUCAGGCAUCUUCCUCAAUGAGUUGGUCAUGUUCACAGUAGGGGUGGUGGUCAUUACCCUGCCAUUCAUAUGUAUUCUGGUAUCUUACGGUUACAUUGGGGCCACCAUCAUGAAAGGUCCUUCCACCAAGGGGAUCUGCAAAGCACUGUCCACAUGUGGCUCCCACCUUUCUAUAGUGUCUCUGUAUUAUGAGGCAAUAUUUGGGCAGUAUCUUUUCCCCAAAUUAAGCAAUUUCAUUGACAAGGACAUCAUUGUGGCUCUCAUGUACACAGUGGUCACACCCAUGUUGAACCCCUUUAUCUACAGCCUUAGGAACAGGGACAUGAAAGAAGCCCUGGGGAAACUCUUCGGUAGGGCAACAUCUUUAUCACGGUGA